AGACACUAUCUUUUGGCAUUUUAAAGCGAAUGAUACACAAAACUGGAUUCAUCUUCAUCUUCGUGAACAACAUUUCACACCUUUUUAUGAAGUAUCAGAUUUAUUGAAGCCAAUAAAAGACGCUACCCAAAAUGAAGCCCAUGUUGAUGCCAAUAUUCAACUAUUGCGUGAUAAUUAUGAUGAAGAUGCUACUGAAGACAACCAUAACAAUCAUGAAAAUGAAAUUGAGAUUGAUAGAGAAGAUCGAAUUGGUGAAAAUAUUAUGGAUUUUAUUGUUGAUGGUACUACUCCAGUUUACACAAAUUAUCGUAAACACAGCACAAGUCAUAUUGAUUUUUAUAAAGACUUUACCGGUAAUUCAUUUGGUCAUUCUUGUAUUAUUUGCGACAGACUAUGGUGGAAAAGAGACUUGAAAAUGUCGACCAGUAAACAUGAGAGUAUUUUGAAAACAAUCCUGCAGAAUUACAUACCUGGUGAAAUUGUUCAAGUCUGCUAUACGUGUUAUACAUCUUUGGAAAAAGAAAAAAUUCCUCUUAUGUCAACCUACAAUGGUUUUGCAUAUCCGAAAAUUCCAUCACAUUUACCAACGUUAAACCUUAUCGAGCAACGAUUGAUUUCACCGAGACUAGCGUUCAUGCAAAUUCGUAGGCUGAGACACGUUAAUGAUCAGUACGGUAUUUACGCCCAGAUAAUUAAUGUUCCUGUCGAAGUCGAUACAAUGGUGAAACAAUUGCCAAGAAACAUUCAAGACGACCAUUGUUUUUAUGUGCAUUUGAAAAAGAAGUUGAUUCACAAAACUAGUCAUGUCCACGGGCUUGUGAAUAAGAGUCAUAUUGAAGAGUGGUUGUCGUAUUUAGUAUCUACGCCUCUUUAUAUUUAUCAUGACAUUAAAAUCGAUGAAUCCUUUUUUACCGACAAUGGAUGUACUUCGCAAUUGAAUAUGGACGAAAUAAGUGAACACGUGCCAAUUGAAGACAAUUUAGUUGCGCAGCAACAAACUCUUUUGUGGAAUGAUGAUUAUUUUUUGAGUCUAGCACCCGGUGAAUGUAACGGUAUUUCAAUGGAUGAACAUGCGGAAGAAUUAUCUUUUCCGACAAUCUAUGGCGGUCAAUUUCGAACAUAUAGAGAUGGUGUUACUGUUACUCCAUUCAUGCAAGCUACCAGCGAACUCCGGCGUACUGAUAGGCGCGCUACUGACCCACAACACCUCUUAUACAUCGCUGCUAAAAUCAUGAAGUUGCGAGUUAGUGGAUGUGUCAACGUUGCGUUUAAGCAUGUCGGACAAGGUACUUCAAUUACGAAAGACACCAUUGAAUCUGAAGAAUAUAUAAAUAAUUGUUUAGAAACAAAUCUCGCAUUCCUUCGCUGCAUACCAAAUUCCGCUUGGUUUUGGUCAGAUCGCAAAAAAGAUCUUUUUGCAAUGAUCAGGCAAUUAGGCCCACCAACUGCUUUUAUGGGUCUAAGCGCCAAUGAAACCGGCUGGGAAAAUUUGUUGAAAUUAUUGUACAAAUUGAAAAACGAGGGCGCGGAAAUUUCAGAUAAGUUUUUAGCAGAAAUGAGUUAUAUGUAUAAAGCUCAACUUGUGAAUGAAGAUGCCGUAACUUGUGCUAUUUAUUUUAAUAAAAAGGUAAAUUGUCUAUUAAAAGUUUUGCAAUCAAAGAAAAGAAGUCCAUUCGGAAAAUAUAGAGUAGUACAUUAUUUCAAAAGAAUAGAAUUUCAACAUCUUGGUAGCCCACAUGCACAUAUUCUUCUUUGGUUGGAAAAUGUUCCUGAAGAUUUAUUAAGCAAUGAUCCUGAAGUUAUUAAAUUAAUUGACGAAUUGGUUUCUGUGUCAGCGUCAGAGGCGUCUGGAAAUAUAAAACUAGUAACACACAAACACACAUCCACGUGUUAUAAAAAAAUGAAUCCCAAUAAAAAGCAAGAAUGUAGAUUUGGUGCACCAUUUAUGCCAACAAAAAAAACUAUUUAUUUGAUACCUAUGAAAGACACUGAUCCCGAUUACUCAGAAGCACUUUUCAAAGAAUAUAAGAAUCGAUUUAAAUUUAUAAGAAAUAAUCUCGAAUAUUUUGACUACACGAAUUUUGAUGAAUUUUACUCGCAUAAUUAUAUUCUUUCUGAUGAUCAUUACUACAAUAUUAUUCGUGCUGGUAUCAAUAGACCAAAAUUAUUCUAUAAAAGAACACCAGCAGAAAAAUGGCACAACUCUUUCAAUCCGUUCGUAUUACAUCAUUUUAAAUCGAACAUGGACUUUCAGAUUAUACUAGAUGAAUAUGCUUGUGCAACAAAUGUUGUUGAAUAUGCCAAUAAGCAUAAUAGAGGGAUUAGUAAUUUGCAAAGACAAAUAAUUGACAUAAUGGACGAGCAUCCAGAAUUCGACAUUGUCGAUAUCACGAACAAAAUGAGUAUUGACAUACUUCAGUCUGUUGAAAUGUCGGCACAAGAAGCUGCUUGGUAUUUAUUAAGAGAACCUGUGGCUAAGUCAUCGGUGGCGACAGUCUACAUUCCAACGGUAUUGCCUACUGAACGCGCAAGAAUUAGAAAAUCUAUGAAGGAACUUGAAACUUUAGACGAUGACUGUACGAACGUUGGGAAAGAGAAUUGGUUCGAUAAGUACGAGAAAAGACCUGAAGAGCUCCGCGAUGUUACGUUAGCACAAUUUGUUGCAAAAUAUUACAUAAAUAAAAAGGGGACUUACAGUAAAAGAGAUACUGCAAGAAUAAUAAGAUACAAGAACUACGAUAUGGCUGAAAAUUACAACGAUUAUAGGCGUGAGAUGGUUCUGUUGCAUGUUCCAUUUCAAAGUGAAGAAAAUGAUAUUAUCGCUGAAAAUAAGUUCAUUCAAAUAUACGAGGACAACAAAGAUACGAUAUUAGAACGUAAGAAAGAAUUUGAAUCAAAUUUGGAUAUAGAGAAAACUUUACAAAUUUGUACACAGUUGUGCCGAGAAAACGAUGAAGAACAAGAAGACGAAGAAUUAUUAGGAGCGGCGCAUGAUGAUCCGAUUGAUAUACCUGAUUUCAAUUGUAUUGCUCAAUUCAAUCGAGAUACUGUUCCAAAAGAUAUUCUACACAACCCUGCAUUGGAAAGCUCUAAACAUCAAAAGAAUCAUUUAUUGGUUUUGGAGAACCAACUGUUAGAAGCAAUGAAAUCAAGUGAAGAACUCUGGGGAAAUAUGAAGACUCAUUUUGAAACUAACAGAUUCCCGUGGUAUAAGAUUAACAGGUACCACAUAAAAACUGUAGUACUCAACAAGCUGAAGACACUUUAUGCGGCAGACGAUAAGACUGAAAAUGUAUUGGCUAAGGACCGAAUGUCCCAGACGGAUUGGAUUAUAUUUGACUUUGCUCUCGUCCAUGAGAAAAUAGAUCUAAUUGAAAAAGAUGGUAUGAGAUGUCAAACUCAGGAUCGUCAGCCGUUGAUUGAUCUCUUCGAGCUGGUGACGAAGUUUGACAUAGAGGACAGGUCCGGAGACAGUCUGGCCGGCGCCUGGACUGCGGCCACCGCCCUCUACAACUCGAGGGGUCGUCAGUGCUCACCGAUGCUACUGCAGAAGCGUUGGUAUCAGCUGAAGGAGGUGACCAGGGAAUCGCUAUAUGAGUACUGGUACGCCUCCCGCGAGAACUCUCCUUCGUCGGCCGAGUCUAUACAAAGCGCAACCAAAUUACAGAGAGCUGUGGCCCAGAAAUACCCGUCAAUAAUAACGAGUGCAUUUCCGGAAUGGCGAGAACUGAUCGAGAAAAGACUUGUCAUAAUGUCUGAAGACUUCGAAAAGGAGAAUUGGAUGAACAACGUGGAAGCUUCUAUAGACACUGAAUCUCAACCAGACUUAGAAGUCAUUGAACCUUUCAUAGAAACGAUAGAUGUGGACCAAGAUUUGGACAACGAAACAACGAAGCUCGGGAGAAGAAGCGAAGAGAACACUGAAACCAAUGGAAUGAUGAUUAUUGAAAUAAAAUCCGAACCUAGAGAUUUUGAAGAUCUGGCUGACCCAUUACAAACUAUUAAAAUACCAUUACUUUUACACACCGGGAAAACAGAACAAUUGAUCAAAAAUGAAACAUGCAAUACUGAUUUUGGUGAAGAUGUGGUGAAGACUGAAAAAAAUCAAAAUAUUUCCCCAACUCUUGAUUACCUUCGCGAAACAGUCGAAAAUUCAAAUGAAAUAGUUCCGAAAAUUGUCUGUGUUUACGGCAACGUGCAUGAUACCCAUGAUAGUAAAGAUCUAACAUCUACAAAAGUAUGUGAAGAUGAACCAAUGAUUGUAGAAGAAACUAAAUGUCAUCGAGAUGACACCAACAAUGUGUCUAAUGCAGAAGAUAUACAAGAAAAAGUCUUGCAAGAGACAAAUAUAAUAUUAAAGUCUGAAAUGGAAGAACAAUUGCAUUUGAAUAUUUUUGAUAACGUAAUAGAAUUUGCUGAUAACAAAGUCCAGUCUAUUGAAAAUGAUCAUGUAAAUACAGUGCACGUUAUUCAGACCAAAAACGAUUUCACUUUACAAAGUCGGUUAAGUUGUGAAUAUGGAAAUAGUGCAUCGACUUCUGAAUUAAAAUGUCUCUUUGAUUUGAAAGAAGAUGCAAUGAAAAUGUCAAAAAACAAGCUGCAGGGUUGUAACUUAAAAGACAGUUUAAAACAACUGAACAUUUCGGAAAUACAAACUGAUGUUAAUAAGAUUACGAAUCGAAUUAAUUCUGACAUCAGUAAUACAAUGAACAACACUUUGUUCUUAGAAAGUAAAUCCGGUGCACAAAGUGAAACUAGAACAGACGAUAGUAUGAAAGUGAAAAUGUCUAGUUACUUAUUUCAUAAACCCCGAAAUCGUUCGUAUGAUCCUACACAGCUUUGCAAGAAUCCGGACUUUAACAAGAAGUUAAAAAGAUUAACGGAUGCAUUCUUAAGUUCGCCGCGUAACAGGGUACUGCUCAAUGCUUGCAGGCCGAUCACUGUUGAUGUAAUGAAGGCGAUUGAAUCCAAACUGUUCAACGGUACAGUGUACUUGAAGGACUGCGACCAACUGAACUCGAAUGUUCCAGACCGCGGCGCCGUUAGCGACACUGCGACGCGAGUUCCUUCAACAAUCGCUUCCCGGAGCUCUACAAAUAUUCGUUUAGUCAAUCCUGAUCAUUUAAUGUCGCUAUCGAAAUGUUACACAUCGAAUUUAACACAAGAAAGUUGUGGUGAUGCGAUGGAAAUAAACAGGAAGAUCAAUCAACCAGAUAUAACAGAAGUUCCUUGCUCAAAUCAAAGUUGGCUGACAAUUGAAGUACCUCCCCUGACCGUGCGAACUAAUAAUGAAAGUAUAGCUGCAAAUCCAGAACUCAAUUCAAACCUAUCAUGUACAGAAAAAGGAACUGGUAUUUCGUCCAAAAAGAAACCAAGAAAAGAACUUUCAGUUGUGAAUGAUUGUAUUCUUACCCACGACAUCCUCAACAAAAUAGUAAAAAUGGAUGAAGAAGAACGUUUUUAUAAUCCUUCCAGUAACUUUUGGUGCAUCGUCUCGGAUACUGAAGCCAAGCACAAAACAAGUAAUCCCAGUGAUGAAAUCAAAAUCCGUCCCUGUAGGUCUCCUGCACAAAAUACAACAAAAAUGGUGUCAGCUGUCGAACUGUUGAGUGAGCGAAAUUAUUCCGCUGCGAGUGACAGCCCUAUCAUGGCAAACAACAUCGUAAUCGACAGUGAAAGUAAAAUCGUUGAACCGGUAUUCGCACUGGAACAAUACCAGACCGACAAACAUGAAAUUAUAAAUACGACAUCUAAUGCAAAGACUCUAGUGAUAGAGCCAAUUUUCAAUCAUGUUACCGAAAAAUCUAAAAAACUUAUGUUUUUGGCGUCGCUUGCGUCUCAACAAACGUUAGAUAAACGGAAAGAAAUAGAUAAAUCUCCUUAGUUUAUCAUUGAAAACAACCACGACAGCCCCGGAAGGAUAGUAAAACGUGAAGCAAUCUCAAAACCUAAUAAAAGUAUUAAUAAUGCAAACCCUUCCCACACUAGAAGCAUAUUGGGUCACACACGUAACACACACAAAAAAAAUCAAUGGGUUGGUUGACCACGUUAAACUUUCUAUCAGCUUUUUUGACGUUACUGGGGCCAGUUUCUUCUAAUAUGUUUAAAUUAUUAUCCAGAUUUUUUUCUGUAUUACUCUCAUUGUCACAUUCAUUUGUGUUAUCAGGAUAUUCUGAUUCUUCUGUCAAGAUUGUUUUCUACACUUCUUCCAGGAAUAACAUUUUUUUUUUUUUUUGUAGGUUGUUUUAAAACUUCCUGUGUCAUACCUCAUUGCAUAGAAAGAACCGUUUGAUCAAUUACUUCUUUGAAGUUUUAAUUUCUAGCUUCUAGAUUUGUGCUUGGCAAUCUAUCUAAAACCUUAUUUCUAUUUACCGAACUUAUGCCGCACUUUUCAAAACCUAGCUGUAUUUUUUUUACUGACGUUUGAUUCUAUUUCUUUCAUAAGUUGUUUAAGAAGCGACGGAAAUAUGUUUUUGAGUAUAGUAGCUUGCAUUCUCCCGUCGGUCUUUUUCCAAUUAUAAAGUAUGUGCUGCCUAGCACUUUUCAACGGCCUGAAGAAAGCUACGUCUAAUGGUUGAGUAAGGUGCUUAGAGUUGGCAGGUAAAAAAUGAACCUAAUAUUACGUGUUUCACAUUCCUUUAUUAUUUCUAUUGAAAGGUGAGAGGCGAGAUUAUCGCCUACAAGAAUUUUUGUGCCAGUUUUAAAAAUCGAAUACAAUAGUCCUCCCUAGUCUUCAAAUGUUAAUCCAUCAAACCAACUAGAUCUGGUACUAUUAUAAAGAGAAUCUUAUGGCCCAUUUUCUUUCCACGUUAUGCCUUAUUUACCUCUAAUGGCAGCAAGGACAUCAACCGAGUUAGUUUCGUCAUAGUUGACGAUGUUAUCUCAAGGAAUUCCUUGUAGUGUGGUACUUCUAGUUCAUCGAAAUAUGCCUUUAUCAUCUCUGGCGAGACUGCUGCUCUUGACCGUUUUAUAUUUUGGCUUAAUCUACCGGUAAUUGUAAGUUUAUGUCGUUUCCAAAAAAAUUUUGUGUAGGCAGGGCCAGGCGUAACAUUUUUGAAUCUUUUUAUCACUACUCCUACAUUGUCUAUGUAUCCCUUUAUUAAUAAUCUAAAGUCUAUUGUUUCAAAGAGAUAUCCCCAUUCAGAACACACCUUUGUAUAUUGUAUUAGGUAUUCCCAUACAUCCGGAGCUAAUGCUGCUUGGCCACCUUGCUUUUUCAUGACAUAAGUAUUGUGUCUAUGAAGGACUGAUUUAGAGAUUUUAUAUUUUUAUGCAAUAUCUAUUAACGAUUAAUUAGUUCUCUCCAAUAGAGCAAAUGGCGUGCUCUUUCAAGCAGCUCUGAAUUCCAAGCUGACCUUGGUCUAUGUUUUUUAGCAUCUAAGCUACUUGUGUUUUGGGCACUACAAUUUUGUGACCUCUGACAUAUUAUUUUUGAAUAUUUUUAUCACUACUCCUAAGUUGUCUAAGUAUCCCUUUAUUAAUAAUCUAAAGUCUAUUGUUUCAAGGGGAUAUCCCCAUUCAGAACACACAUAUUUUGUAUAUUGUAUUAGGUAUUCUCCUACAUCCGUAGCUAAUGCUGCAUGGCCACCUUGCUUUUUCAUGACAUAAGUAUUGUGUCUAUGAAGGAAUAAUUUGGAGAUUUUAUAUUUUUGUGCAAUAUCUAUUAACGAUUGAUUAUUCCUAUCCAAUAGAGCAAUUGGCGUGCUCUUUUCAAGCAGCUCUGAAUUCCAAGCUGACCUUGGUUUAUGUUUUUUAGCAUCUGGGGUACUUGUGUUUUGGGCACUACAAUUUUGUGACCUCUGAAAAUUAGACCUUUGAAGUAAUUGAAUGAAUGAAUGAAAUUGAAUAGAAACAAAUCUUUUGGUUUUAUUCCUAAUACUCGUCAGUUUUGAAGUGUCAUAAUCACGGCUUAAAAAGUCUGCUAAUGGUAUUUAUAUGAUUUUGUUAAAUGUAAUUUUUGGUGAAUACGGUGUUAGGUUGAGAAUUAUACGUUGAAGUCUAGCUUGGGCUGACUGUAUUUUUUUUCUGAAUAUUGUCUCGAGCGGCUUGUGAUUUGAUUCGACUAAUAAUUAUUUGCUAUAGACCUACUCAUGGAACUUUUUGCACCCAAAUAGUAUAUAGCAAAUACUUCCUUCAUAAUGUGAGCAUAAUUUUGUUCAGAUUUAGUCAAUGUUCUGGCUCCAUAAGCUGCCUUUCCUGAAGGAAUGCUGCACCAAGAUUCUUUAAACUUGCAUCCACUCUUAGUGUGACUCGUUUGUUUAAAUCAUAUAAUUUUAACACUGAUGGAUUCUGUAAAACUUUUUUAAUUUUAUUGAGUGCUUCAUCUUAAUAGAAUUCCCAGUUGAAACUUGUGACUUAAAAGAUGCAUUUACUUUGAUUAAGUUUGAAACCAGAAAAUGUCAAUGUCUCUUAUUAUUUCUUUGACCGUUUUCUGUGGCUCUUCCUCCUCUUUGGCAUGAAUAAAGAUAUCCUCGAUUGAUACUCUUACAUUUUUGAAUGUGCUAAGAAGAUUAGCCAAGAUUCCUUGAAAACUUUCAGGUGCUGACGAUACUCCAAACGAGUCUUUUGAAUGAUUAUCUUUCCCAUUCAGAUGUAGAAAAGGUAUAUAAAAGGCAGUAUCUUUUGUGUUAUUUUUGAUAAUUUAACUUGCCAAAAUCUUUUAGUGCCGUGCUGAUCCUUUGACGUCAGCUGCUAUCUCUUCUAUUGUUGAAAGUGGGAAAUGUAUUCUUAAAAUAUUUUUGUUCACAUCUGAUGGGUCUAUGCAUAUUCUCAAUAUUCAUUUUUGUCUGAUCACCACCAUUGGACUCACUGCUGGUGUCGGUUCUGUUUCAGGUUUGAUGACAUCCAGUUUUACCAUUCUAUCUAAUUCUUGUUUUACUUCAUUUCUUAUGCCGUGUGGAACAUUUCUUAUCGGUUUAAUUUCAAAUUUAGGGUUUUCUAUGAGGUCAAUAUCAUACUCAAAAUUUUUGUACCAACGUACCCUUUUAAAUAUGUCAUCAUUGGUUGAACUUUCUUUCAAUGUUUCAACCCGUGCGACUAAUCCCAACUUCUCACAACUGUUUAGUCCUAAGACUGGUGUGACUCUUUCAGCUACAACUUUAAAUAGUAUUUUAACAGUUUUCCCUUUUAUUUUGUAUUGUAACUUCACUUCCCCAAGUAGGUACUAACAUUCUGUUAUUUGAGAAACUUAUUAAAUUUUGAAUGCAACUUGGUUGUGUACAAACUUGAGUUUUCUGUACUAUGAAUUUUGGAAGGACGUUGCACUCUGCACCAUUAUCAAGCUUUGCUGUAAAUUUGGUGUUACCAGUUUGGACACUUUCGGCAUCUUUGGAGUUGCCAACACUUAAUUAUCCUAUAAAGAGUAGAAUUUUCUUCUAAAGUAUUUAUUUUAUUUUUUCGUGUCGUUCAAAUAUUUAUUUACAAUAACCCUAAAAUCAAACAUACUUAUUGGUAUUC